CAAGUUGGAUUAAGAUAAAGUGAACAUGAAUUUCAAGGAAAGUUUAAACAUUAAUUCAAUGGAAUUUUCAUUGACUGGCAUUGAGAUAAAGAGAUCAUAUAAAUUUCAUGGAAAGUCUGAACGUCAAUCUCAAUGGGUAUCUUUUAAAUCCAUCGAAUUUCCAUGGUUGGAUCAAGCUAAAGAGAACAUGAAUUUCAAGAAACAUUUAAAUGUUAAUCUCAUUUUGUAUCUCUUUACUGAAUGGAAUUUUCAUUCAAUGCUUGGAAGAUAAGAGAAUAUGAGUUUCAAGGAAAUUUCCAAGGUCAAUCUCACAGUGUAGAUUUUAAUUUAAUGCAAUUUCCAUUCAACGUUUAGGUUGAGAUACAAUUAGUACCAUCCUCAUCCAUUUUCUAUCAGAAUUUAUUCAUCCAUUCAUUUCAAUCAAGUUUGAAGUAGAGUGUCUUUCCUUCUCUGAAAUUCAUGAUAUUGAAAAUGGAUUGCAGUUGUGUUAUUUGAAACAGAGUUUUUGUCUUUUUAAUUUUUGUUCUUCAUAUCACCCAUUUGAAUCCAUUCCAUUCCUCAGAUUACAAUAAGGUGAAAACGAGUUAUAGCAUGGAUCAUGGGCCUUCGGGUGAUCAUGGGCUUUUUUCAGAGAGAGGUAAUGUUUCAGCAAUUCUGCUUGUUGCAGGCAUAUUUACAAUAAUUGUAACCAUUAUUGUACUGAUCAUCCUCUACACAAGAUGUUGUGAAAUGGCCAUAUUCAACUCCAGAGUGAGAGCUCCUCUGUUGCCAGUAAUCAAUGAGCCUCACUUGAGGAUGAACAGAAAUGAGCUGCUGGCUGCAACAGCCAAUUUCAAUAGAAAUAAUUUGAUUGGCAAGGGUGGAUUUAGCACCGUGUACAAGGGAAUUCUUCCGAAUGGCAAGGUUGUUGCAGUGAAAUGGAUGAAGAUAGAUGAAGAGACACUCUCACAGAAGAAUUUCUUUGCAGAGUUGAAGAUUCUAGGGAAGCUGAGGCACAGGAACCUGCUGAAAAUUCUUGGGUAUUUUAGUGAUUCCCAAGAGAUGGCCCUGAUCUUGGAGUUCAUGCCAAACGGUAGCUUGGAGAAUUUGUUGCAUGGGGAAGCCAGGUGUCCCUUGGAAUGGAAGCAGAGGUUGAAUAUAGCUAUUGGAGUGGCCCAAGGGCUAGCCUAUUUGCACCAUGAAUCAAGGACCAGAGUUGUUCACUGUGAUUUGAAACCUAGCAAUGUUCUUUUGGAUGAGAACUUUGAACCUCACAUAGCAGAUUUUGGAGUGGCAAAGGCAUUCAACCUAAGUAUGACAGAGAGUUCAUGCGGGCCUAGUUGGACCAUUGGCUAUACAGCACCUGAAAGAGCAUAUCGUCUGCGGCCAUCCACAAAGUCAGAUGUGUACAGUUUUGGCGUCAUGCUAUUAGAACUGAUCACUAGACAGAGACCCGCAUGUUCAAACAUUGAAUCAGGGCUAACAUUAGUGGAAGGGGUUCUCAAGGCUGAGGAAGAUGGCUGUGUUUUGGAUGUCCUCGAUGAUUACUUGAAGUCUAGCCAGGAGUUUGAAGAAGAAAUUUUGAGUGUAAUUCAUUUGGCACUCCAUUGUGCAGAGCAUAAUCCAGUUAGAAGGCCUACCAUGAGGGAAGUUGUGGGAAAAUUAAUGAAGAUCACUGUAAAUGAUGGGCAAGUUGGUCGUUUCAAUAGGUCCAUACAUAGUCUUUUGGUACAGGCAUCUUCAUUUGCUAGAUCUUAUGGUACUUCCAGUGAAACAAGUUCUUCAAUCGGCACUUAACUUGUGUGGUUACUCAUUAGUAAUGUUUUACCGACCAAAGCCUGACUUUUUUUCCUUUUACCUUCAUUGGCGGGCAUGAAGAUUCUGAAAGGAGAAAACAGGCCAUAGUAUCCGUCUCACUGUUGAGACAUUGGAUUCUUGGCUUCAUCCUGAUGGUCUGGUUCACAAUGCAUAAUUUACUGUAAUUGUACAUUAUGAUCCUAGAGUAUGAACAGUAGCUCUCUCGAAGAGAAAAUUAGGAUGAUGUUAUAAUA